GUCUAUUGCAGCCCCUCUUCUUGCCCUGUUCACUGAUUCUGUCUGCAGUGCGGAUAACACACACAACAUCCUCGCCAGCCUUGCUGUGAACUUCCCACCAUGCUGCUCCGGCUCAUUCUGCUAUUCUACACGCUGCAAGUUGCAGAUGCAGGACUGUUCCAAUACCCGCCCUUAGUCAGAGUCGAGGUCGGGAGCAGCGUAAACUUGACCUGCGAUAUCGAGGACAUGAGUGGAAAGUGUUUCAGUGUCAUCUGGUUCAAACUGCGGUCCAAGAGCAUCCCGACCCUGGAAACUUAUCAAAGUGUCAGAGCCGGUGGCAGCUUUGCAGGCGACGAAAUCGAGAAAACCUGUUCCCUGAACCUAAACAACGCGCAGGUGAAGGAUUCCGGGACUUACUAUUGCGCUUUUAUUAGGAGCUCAGCUAUGUACUUGGGCAAUGGAUCCACGUUAGUAGUACGAGAACGCUCCGAUGACCGCGCUUAUAUUGAAAUCCUCACCCCUUCAGAGUCAGACGGCGAAGUCCAGUCCAGCGGCGCCGCUACUUUAGUGUGUCUGGUGUUCGGGGUAUCUGAGCAGGCUCGUGUCUACUGGCUCACCGAUCACGGACUGACCGUCUCCGGGUCCGGAGAUUCCAGCGAAUCCACUCCGGACUUUAUCAGGAAUCAGAUCACCAUUCCGGGCGAGGUCUGGAGCAGCGGGUCCGUGUGCACGUGUGUAGUGGAAACAGAGAGCGGACGCAAUAUGAGCAAAAGCGUGAGCAAAACCGGUAAGAGCAUGAACAUUUUAUGUGAUUAUUUUUUUUAAUUAUUUAUCCAUAAAUACAUAAAUAAAAUAACAUUAUCUUAUCGAUAUAGGUAAUCUAAAGUACACCCCGAUUUUUAUAAUGUAACCAGGUUUAAAUUGCGAUCAAUUAUGAUAGAUCCCUUUGGU